AUGAUCAAAGCGAUCUUCUACAGCAAGUUCGACACCCAGGAGGGGCCUAAGGUCGUCCACCAAGUUCCCGAUGGCGCAAUAGUUCCCUCCUCAACCGCUCCGUCGCAGCCCCUCUUCCUGACCUUUUCCGACAUCUCCUUCUUCGUGAUUCCCCGUCAAGAGCUAUGCGGAAACUUGAUGCAGGUUUGCACGAAUGGAUACCGGAUACUUGGCUACCCAAUUUGCAUGAAAUCCCUGCGCUAUGAUCGCAACGAAUUCAUCUUUAAUUUUUGCAUCGUGCUGGCGGAGGAAGAAGAUUUUAGCACGUACAAGAGUGUGGUCCAGAAACUUGCGGACCUGAUGCAUGGGUUAGAGGAGCAAGGCCAAUUUCUUUCCAGGGAUCACUCAAAAAGCGGCGAGGGGAAGGUUUAUAGUUUGUGUGAGACAUUGAUGGAGGAUCUAAAUAACUAUUGCGAAUGCAUGAUUCCCAUCGACGAACUAAACACCUUGAAUAUCAAGUUGUUUCCUAUCUACCCCUCUCCUCCGUCUGUCAAAGCCUGGCACGUUCCCUUGUUCACUGUUCGGUACCAAACCUUCAUGGACGAGAAUUGGGAUCUUACAAUGCAACGAAUUGUCCCCCACAUCAACGGAGUCAACAGCGUCCGCAUAAUCUCCAUCCUUGCCGACACAGACUUCUCUCUCACGUGCCGCGCAAUCCGGCACUUGCUCUACUACAAUUGUCUCUUCCUUCUCGACAUCUUUUCUUUCUCUGCAAUAUACGCCCCUACGGCUCAAUUCAGCUCUAUGAUUGCCUCAGACGAGAACAUGCAGCGAGAAUGCGCACGCUAUGUCAACACUCUCUUUGCAUCACCUGCUGCCGCAUCAACCUUUACGAAUCCUACCCGAAGCUACGACCCGGACACCGUAUGGCCGCCCCUCGGUGAAAUCGUCACAGGCACUAACGCCAGCGUCGAUAUAGCGAGCAGCAAUGGCAGUGUUAGCCCCAGGAGCUCUAGUCCGGCCCCUACCAUCACUGCGCCAGGAAGCACAGUAGCAGCAAUAGAGGACCAACAGGAGAGAGAAGUAGUCGACGGAGUCGGACUAGUCGAGCUUUACGCCAGCCUCAAACAAGGCCAAAGCGUCAAGCAAUGGUAUAUGCACCAUAGCCGGCAACUAGCCCACAUCGACAUUCGUCGCUUCAUCACGUUUGGCAUCAUCAAAGGGUUCCUAUACCGUGUACACAAGUACGCUUACGCGACAGGUUUCCCUGCUCCACCUUCGAAAUACCACCAUCACCACCACUAUCACAGUCAGGUAACCAGCGGUCCAUCAUCCAGAGGCCCCGGAACAGGGACCAAUAGUCCCUAUGCGUCAAGUGUAGGGGAUGAGUCGGCGCCCAUCGCCGCGCACCAGCAUGAUGGACCUUCGACUUCUGUACACAGCGGGAGUCGUCCUGGUACGGUGAUCGAAGACGAGGACGACGAAGAUUACAUCGACGAUAAGACUUUGUCCAAAUACCUCGAUGGGAUGCAUUGCUUUGAUCAAAUAUGUACUGAACUGGAAAUAAGCGAAAAGGAAUUUACCGCUAGGUUGAAGCGGUAUCCCGGGGAGGUGUUAAUCAUACAUCGAUGA